AUGAAAAAUAAAGGAACUCGUGAAGUGUUAAGAGUUUUACAAAAGUUUGUAGCAGAACAUAGCCCAAGUAUUUUAACAUCAGACCAAGACGGUGCAUACCUCAGCAACGAAAUCACAGAAUUUCUCAUUAAGCAUAACAUAACUCACUACACUACUGAAGACCAUAACCAUAACAUACUCGGCAUCAUAAACCGCUUCAUAAGGACUCUCAGAGAUUUAAAUCAAGAGCGAGACUUUACCGAAGAAACAAUGAAACAUUUCAUCGAAGUUUACAAUUCCUCAACACAUUCUACAACAGGACAUACACCAAAUUCAAUGACACAACAACAAGAAGAAAAGUAUAUACAAAAGAAACUAAGUCAAACACAAAAUAUCAGAAAUUCAACAAAAUUUACCCUCAUUCCUGGUACAAAAGUUCGUGUAGUUCUUGACGACAAACCGUUGACAAAGAAACGUUUAAGGUUAAGUAGAAACUAUUAUAUCGUAGACUCUACACAAGGUAAUGGAUAUCUUAUAAAAGCUGCUGACGACUCCAUAGCAUUUUACCCUCGACAUAAAUUAGUCGAAAGUAGUAAUGGCAAACUUGCUGAAACCAUUGACGAAGCAAAGCGAGGAGUGGUUAUUGAAAUACUUGACUACAACAUAAACGAUGACACUUAUAAAGUAAGAUAUGAAGGAGGCGUUGAAGAUGUUAUACCAUCUAAGAACUUGAGAGAAUCUAAACCAACUCAUCUGGGACCAUUAGAGCGGGAGUACUGGAAAGAUAAAAACAUGCCAGAAAGAAUAAGAAAAUUCUUCUAA